AUGGCGAAUGUUGGUGAGAUCCUCGUCCACGAGCAAAGCUUCUCCUUCAAAGGCCACGUCGGUAGUGGAAGCACAUCUAACGGGAUUAAAGGAGGAGAGAUGAUUCUACAGCCCAUCAUUUCAAAGACUCGGGACUGUGGCCUGAGGACUGUUUAUUCGGCUGUAACUGCAGAGAAAGGUAAAGACACUUUGUCUCGGAUAUCAAUGUGCAAGGGUCGCAGGGGUCACCCCAGAGUACCUUUCCACCAGCUGCUAGGAAUCCUGGGAAUAACAAAGGUGACUGACGUUCAGGCCCGUGUUGCCCUUAGCACCGGCUGGCAGGAUGACAAGGUGAGAGUCCGGACAGCGACUCCCGGAGGCUGUUGGACCAGAACGGCUAAGCCAGCAUCACCUCUCCAUCUGCUCGUCACAGACAAAACGAACAGAGUGUCGGGCUUGUUGACGGUGCUGGAGCCGGUACUAGAUCUGGGCCGAAUAAAAUCUGCUCUGUAUCAGCCCCUUAAACCUGCUAGUCUUGAACCAAGAAGCAGUACAGUCAGAGGCCAGGAUCAGGAGAGCUGCUCAAUUGACGCCUCUUACCCAUAUGAUCCUGUCCCCUGGCAGCAAGGCCCCAAUCAGCCUGCAGGCUCCCUCUCUGUGGUAACCACAGUGUGGGGGGUAACCAAUCCUUCACCCAGCCAGGUUUUUGGUGCUCCCAUGGGUCCAGGCGGAAACUCAGCCGGUGGUCACAUGAUGCCUGGCAACAGCCCGGGAAUGAACUCCCCUCAGUUUAUGAGCCAGCAGGGCUACCCCGAGCCCAACAAGGGCUACAUGCAGCAGGGCAUGUACGGGCGGCCCAGCGGGGGAUACCCAGCCGGGCCUGGAUACGGGGGCAGUUACCCCAAUAACGGAGGGGGUUCCCUCGGGAUGCCGCCCCAUGGAGUCCGCCCACCCACCGACUUCACCCAAGCGGCCGCCGCAGCUGCUGUAGCUGCAGCCGCUGCCACAGCGACAGCCACCGCUACGGCAACAGUCGCCGCGAUACAGGAGAAGCAAAACCAGGAGCUGAACUAUGGGCCUAUGGGUGGUGCUUCCUCUUACAACACCCAGUUCCUGUCGCACUCCGGACCCCGUGGACCGCCCGGCAUGGCCCCCUCUGGAAUGGUCGGCUCCAGACCCCCUUCCAUGGGACCCAUGUACCCACAGCAGGGCCAGAGGUUGCCCCAGCAUCCAGUCUACCCUGGAGGCCAGCAGGGUCCUCCACGCCACCAGCAGGGCUUGAAACGCCCCUACAACUCUGAUGUGAGUGGAGACUCGCUUUCAGAUAUCACAGGAUUUCCGGGUCAGCAGUACGGUCCUGGUAUGGGAGCUGGGGGCCCGUACCCAGGCCAGCCCAUGCAGUACCAUGGUCCUGGGCCACAGCGGUCCGCUCCUUCCCCAUCUUACCCAACCCACCGAAUGCCCCUCCAGCAACCCAAUAUGGCCCAGUAUCCUGCAGGACCAGGAAACCCCAGCCAAUACUACAAGGCGGACCAGUUUAACGGACAGGGCAACAGCCACAACAGCCUGUCCUCAGGAGUGACGGCAGCUGGGUACAGCACCUUCAACCAGGCCACAGUCAACGGGCCCGGACGUGCGAUGCCAGGAUAUCCCAGCUCUCCUCUCCCAGGAAAUCCCACCCCUCCCAUGACCCCUGGCAGUUCGAUGCCGUAUAUGUCCCCUGGUCAAGACGUCAAAUCGCCCUUCCUCCAUGACGUCAAACCCAAUAUCAACUCUCUGCAGCCCCCUACAGGAAACCCCAGUGAUGACCUGCGUCUGACCUUCCCUGUACGGGACGGGGUGGUGUUGGAGCCCUUUAGAUUGGAGCACAACCUGGCCGUCAGCAACCACGUCUUCCAGCUGCGAGACUCUGUGUAUAAGACUCUUAUGAUGAGGCCUGACCUGGAGCUGCAGUUUAAGUGCUAUCACCACGAAGACCGGCAGAUGAACACCAACUGGCCGGCAUCGGUGCAGGUGAGCGUCAACGCCACGCCUCUCACCAUCGAGCGCGGGGACAACAAGACCUCCCACAAACCCCUUUACCUGAAGCAAGUGUGCCAGCCAGGACGCAACACCAUCCAGAUAACGGUCACAGCCUGCUGCUGUUCUCAUCUGUUCGUGCUGCAGCUGGUUCACAGGCCGUCUGUGCGCUCCGUGCUUCAGGGUCUGAUGAAGAAGAGGCUCCUGCCAGCAGAGCACUGUGUCACUAAGAUUAAGAGGAACUUCAGUAGCGGUACCAUCCCAGGAACUCCCGGCCUUAAUGGCGAGGACGGCGUGGAACAGACGGCCAUUAAGGUCUCGCUCAAGUGUCCGAUCACCUUCCGGCGCAUCCAGCUUCCUGCCAGGGGCCACGACUGCAGACAUAUACAGUGCUUUGACCUGGAAUCGUACCUGCAGCUCAACUGUGAGAGAGGAACUUGGCGUUGUCCUGUGUGCAAUAAAACAGCUCUUCUGGAGGGGCUAGAAGUGGACCAGUACAUGUUGGGCAUUCUGAUCUAUAUCCAGAAUUCGGAUUAUGAGGAGAUCACCAUUGAUCCGGUGUGUAGCUGGAAGCCAGUCCCGGUGAAACCAGACCUGCAUAUUAAAGAGGACCCAGACGGCCCUGCCCUGAAACGCUGUCGCACCCUGAGCCCUAGUCAUAUGAUCUUGCCCAGCGUCAUGGAGAUGAUUGCAGCUCUGGGCCCGGCCUCCUCGCCCUACCAGUCUCUGCCACAAGGUGGCAGCAGCAGCACGCCUGAUUAUCCCAGCCAAGGUGGCUCAGGAUACUCUAACCAACCAGGCUUUUCAGACUUUCCCAAUGCCCCCGGCACACCGACCCUUGGGGAGUUUGCCUCCGGGCCGCCCCCACUGUCCUACCAGCCUGACCUGCCGAGUGGGCUCCUUACUCCUGAAAAACCUGUGGGACACCCGAUGUCAGGACAGAUGCCCCACUCUAGUCGCAUGGACCCUUCCCACAAUCCCCUUCAACAGCAGCAACAACAGCAGCAGCAACAGCAGCAUCAAGCUCUCCAUGGUAACUCCAACAUGGGUGGCCCCGGUGGACCCAUGCACUCCCGCAACUCCUCCCAGAAUCCCCGGAUGCACACAGACAGCUUUGGGCUGGGGGGCCCCGGGGGACCUGGUGAUGUUCCAGAGCCGCCCCUUGAUCUUCUCCCAGAGCUGACGAACCCAGAUGAGCUGCUGUCCUACUUGGGUCCUCCCGACCUUCCCAACAACAGUAACGAUGACCUGCUCUCUCUGUUCGAGAGCAAUUGA